CUCUUGUUGUCAUCUCCUUAUGUUUCCAGUUCACCAUGGCAACGCCUGGUAAAGGUACGACACAGGACAGUGCUGAAGAAUACCACUCUCAGAUAGCGGUGCUUAUGUCCCCUGUCAUUGUCACCAUGGGGAUAAUGAUGCUGGUUGGCUUCUUUGGCAAUAUCCUGGUGAUCUAUAUCUACGCUGUCAGGCUGAAGAGAAGCACCACGCACCUGUUCAUCACCGCCUUGGCUGUUGCUGACACCGUUGUGUGCAUUGUGUGUAUCCCAGUAGAAAUUGUUGUAGUCCGUUAUAUGUACUCCUUCGACAUCCCAUGGCUCUGCAGGGUGUUCCAGACGAUUGUCCUUGCCUGUGUGACCACUUCAAUAUCCGUGCUUAUAUCCAUUGCCGUUGACAGAUACAAAAGGGUCUGCACUCCUUUCAAGUCUCAGAUUUCUGUCAAAAGGGCGAAAAUUGCAGUUGGUAUUGGCUGUAUUGUUGCUAUAACUCUUGCGUCACCCUCGAUGGUCAUUUUAGGCCGGAAGACGGUCAACAGAACUGUUAUCGGCUACGCAUGCGCCACAGAUGACAGUAUGGUCAAGACACCAUUCCCAGCGCUCUUUAACGGGAUGCAACUUCUCAUUGCCGUUAUCUCCAUAUCAACUCUUACUACCCUUUAUGCGCUGAUUCUGAAGAGAGUCCGAGCACAGAAGAGGUACAGGGAAGGCAUGACCCCUAACGGUAUCCCUCGCAAGGCCUGCUCAACACAGUCAGGUGAAGCGUCGUCUGUGACGAACACAGUGAUUACGUCAACACGCGACAGCACAUUGACAUCAGCACAAGGUAACCAAGCGACUAGUGACGACACGGCGACAUCAUCACACGACAACACUAAAAAAGAUUGCGAAAGCAUCUCUGGUCUUAGGAACGGGACACACAAGACCACGUUUAUGAUGUUCAUCAUCACGGCCGUGUUUAUUCUCAGCUUUGUUCCUCAUCUGGCUCUGAUGGCGACAUGGGCCGUACAGAAACACACGUACGAUCACCUGGAGGGGGCGCCACUGGCUCUGUAUAACCUUUUCCUGAGAACUUACUUCAUCAACUCUGUAUCCAAUCCAAUCAUAUACGGGUUCAUGAGUGACAAAUUCCGAUCACAGGCAAAGAUUGUGUUCAGACGGAUGUGUUGUAAGAAGUAAUGUAAGUACUGAGAACUGUAUUCUUAUCAAUGCUU